AUGUCAACUUCGACUGAUACUUGGAGUGUUGGUAAGAAUUUUUAGAUGAGCUUUUAGCUACUUCUAAAACUAUUUUUCAGAGCUCGAGAUGAAAAAUAAGAAGAGACGAGGAUGUUGUUUGGGAAAAACUCGAAAAAAAACAUCGAAAAGUGAGGAGGAUUCAGAUUGUUUAUCGAUUUCUUCAAGGAUUUUGCAAACUUUUGAUCCAUUAUCUUAUAAGCCUAAAGUUUGGCCGAGGAAACUUGUUUUCAAAGAAAUUCAGGCGAAUUUAGUGCAAAAUGGGUUGGAGGUGAAAAUUCUGAAAAAUAUCGCAGGAGUUUGUAAACCAGGUCAAUUAACAUUUAUAAUGGGACCAAGUGGAGUUGGAAAAACAACACUUUUGAAUAUUUUAACUGGCCGAAGUCUUGAACACAUUCAAUCAAUGGGAAAUGUUUUUGUGAAUGGUAGAUAUAUGGAUCCAUCAGAAAUGAAGAAAAUCAGUGCGUAUGUGGAGAAAGAUGAUCAUUUUAUUGAAGAAUUAACAGUUCGAGAGACAAUUCGAUUUGCGGCGAGAAUGAGAUCAGUGAAAUUGUUGAAAGAAAAAGAAUUGGAUCGAAUUGUUGAUGAAAUGAUAUUUUGUAUGGGUUUAGAUGCUUGUCAGAAUAGUCGAGUUGGAUCAAAAGCUUCUGGAAGGGGAUGUUUAUCGAGGGGAGAACGGAAGAAAUUGGCGUUUGCUUGUGAGAUUUUGAAUGAUCCUCCGAUUUUAUUUUGCGAUGAGCCAACUUCUGGACUCGAUUUUUUCAUGUCUGCGCAGGUUAUGAAGGUUUUGAAACAGUUGGCGAAUGAGGGAAAGACUAUUGUUUGUACGGUGCAUACGCCAAGCACAACUGUUUUUGAUCUGGCGGAUAAGUAAGUCGAAUUUGAGCGUGGAAAAAAUAUUGAAAAGCGCGCUGUUUGCAAUAGAGCGCACUUCCAUUUUUACUUUCUUUUUUUUGCAACAUUUUUCGCGGAAACUUUAUUCACAAGCUUCAAUUCAAAACACAUUUAUUUCCAGCCUGAUUCUACUUGCUCAAGGCGAAAUCGUCUACAAUGGCCCAGCCCGAUCUGCUGUCCGAUUCUUCCAAAAAUGCCGAUAUAUAUCGUCAAAGUUUGUGAAUUCACCCGAGAAUCUUAUGAAUUUCAUAUCGCAAGCCUAUGAUGAAACGGAUGAGGAAUAUGAUGAAAGAGUGCAAGUUAUGAUCAACGAAUUUGCGGCGGUUUCGUUGAAACCCGAAUUUUCGAUUUGUUCAAAUCGAAGUUCGUCGAGAAGAAUUCGAGAUGAAGGAGAUGAUGAGGAAAUUGUCAGAAAGUCAGUUUUUUUUAUUUAAAAAUUUUAAGCUGGAAAAAAGACAAUCAUCUUUCAGAAUGAAUCGAGAAUGGCAUCAACAAGUCUUGUAUGUUGCACUUCGCGAUCUCAAAAUGAUGAAGAGAAAAAAGUUCGAAAUGAUGUGGAAAAUUGUGCAAACUAUUGUCAGUUUAGAAGCUUUAAAAACGCAACCCUAACAUCUAUUUUCAGACAAUCUCAAUAAUAAUUGGCUGUAUGUAUCAUGGCACGAAAAUCCACAAAGAUCAUUUACUAAAUUUUCGAGGAUUCGCUUGGGGAAGUGUGAUUAUGGUCGAUUUUCUAUUUAUGAUACCAAGUGCAUAUGUGAGUUUCUCCAAAAAGUUCUCUAGUGAAACUCCGAAUUGUUUUCAGAUCUUCCAUCGUGAUUAUCCAAUAAUAAUUCGUGAAUAUAAUUCAAAUCUCUAUGAUCCGUUUGCAUAUUUCAUAGCGAAAUCAACAAUCGAAACAGUUCAAUACACAAUAUUUCCCUUGGUUUUUGGAACAAUUACAAUUUCAAUGAUGUCACUUCCAAUCUCAUUUCAAGCAAUUUCUAACUAUUUUGCAAUAACUUUUCUAAUUGCAUUAAAUGCCAUUUCAUCAGCUCAUGCGAUUGCUGCAAUUUUCAUCAAUCCAGUUGUCACAAUCACAGUUCUCUUGGCCUUAAAUCUUCCAUUUAUGAGUUUGAGUGGAUUUUAUAUUUCAGUUGAUGAGAUUCCGAGUUGGCUUAGACCACUGUCAUUUGUUUCGUGGUAUCGAAGAGGUUUCGAAGUUAUAACUGUAUCAUAUUUUGGAGAUGUUGGAGAGAUUCCUGGAUGUCAUCAUCAUCAAAACCUCACAAAAUGGCGCACUGGUAAAGAUUUUAUCGAUUCUCAAUCUUUUCUACCUUUUCUCGUUCCACUUGAUUAUGGAGUCAUUGUGCUUUUCAUAAUAUUUUGGAAAAUUGUGGGAAUAUUGGGAUUUCGAUGGAGAGUUGAUCGGAAUUCUUGA